ACGCAAUCAGAGGUGCAGUACUAUUUGUUUGAGCACCAGAGCACAGCUAUUGUUGGAGCUGAGAAGAAGAAGAAGUAAUUUGACAGCUUUGAUCAUUUGGUGUGUCUCUGUACACUGUCCUGCUUGAAGUGUGCUUUAGCAAGGAAUUAAUUAGAGUACAUGUAUCCUACUUCCUCAUUUGGAGAAAAAAAAAGUGGUUUCCAUUUUCUGAAUGGACAGACUGAUCUAUAUCCCUGAAAUUUACCUGACCUUGUGCCACAGUGCAAUGAUCAAGUGUUGCAUUAACUGUUAGUCUUGGAGUGCUUGAGGAACAGCUCAUUUGUGUACACAGCAGUGGGUGGAUAUGCAUGUUUGAUUUGGCACAGAUUUUUUGUCGGAUGCCCUUCUUGACACAACCUUCCCAUUAAGAGUACAUCAGCUUGUGAUCCCCUGAGGCCCCUUUGUGUCGCCUUUCGGUCUUAAAAGAGGGACCUUUCGCGGCGUUAUCCGCAGCGGACUUCCUAACAGAAAGGACAACCAUCAGGAUGGCAGUUUUCAGCACACUUCUAACUUUGGCAGCCCAGGCUCUUACAUUUCUCUUCUUUCUGCUUAUCGUUGCGUUUCUUGCAUACUGCUUGUACGUUAAACACAUUCAUAUGAAAUAUGACCACAUACCCGGUCCACCGAGGGACAGUUUUCUCCUCGGACAAUCGCCGACGUUUUCAAGGAUAUUAAAAAAUGGCGGAAAUGUGCACGAAAAAUUCCUGGAGUGGGCAGAGGAGUAUGGGCCUGUGUGCAGGAUAAAUGCUCUUCAUUAUGUUCUAGUGUCUGUGUCGUGUCCAGAGGCAACAAAGGUAAUAUUGAUGUCCUCAAAGUACUCCAAGGAUACAUUUUCUUACAAGAGACUUGCCAACCUGUUUGGUCAAAGGCUCUUAGGCAAUGGGCUGGUAACGGCACAGGAUCAUGAGCAGUGGUACAAACAGCGCCGGAUCAUAGACCCCGCGUUCAGCAGCCUGUAUCUGAGAGGUCUAAUGGGAACCUUCAAUGAGAGGGCAGAGAAACUGAUGGAUAAACUUGCAGAGCUUGCUGACAGUAAAACGGAAGCUAAUAUGCUUCAUCUUGUCAACUGUGUCACCCUGGAUGUUAUUGCUAAGGUUGCCUUUGGGGUGGACUUGGACCUGCUGAGGAAUACUUCACCUCUCCCUAAAGCCAUUGAGACAUGUCUGAAAGGAAUGGUUACCUAUGUUAGAGACAUAUUUUUUGAGUUCAAUCCAAAGAACAGAUCGUAUAUUAAUGAGGUGAGGGAAGCGUGCCGCCUGCUGCGUACAACUGGAGCUCAGUGGAUCCACGAGAGGAAGAUCGCCAUUGAAAACGGUGACGAGGUUCCCAGGGACAUCCUGACACAAAUCCUCAAAACUGCCAAUCAAGAGAAAAGCAUGACUGAGGAAGAUGAACAGUUUAUGUUGGACAAUUUAGUGACAUUCUUCAUUGCUGGCCAAGAAACAACAGCCAAUCAGCUGGCUUUUUGCAUCAUGGAACUUGGAAGACAUCCUGAUAUACUGGAGAAAGCAAAGAAAGAAGUGGACGAUGUUAUUGGGAUGAAACAUGAAAUAAGCUACGAUGACCUGGGCAAGUUGGUCUACCUGUCACAGGUGUUAAAAGAGACUCUGAGAAUGUACCCCACAGCUCCGGGCACAUCUCGUCAUAUUGCUGAAGACAUGGUCAUUGAUGGUAUCCACAUACCUGGAGGAUUUAUUGCUCUUUUCAGCUUCUAUGUGAGCGGGAGACUGGAGAAAUUCUUCAAGGAUCCACUGAGAUUUGACCACCCAGAUGCUCCCAAGCCUUAUUACUGGCACUACCCUUUUUCCCUCGGUCCUCGUUCGUGCCUGGGAAAGAACUUUGCUCAGAUGGAGGCUAAAGUGGUGAUGGCCAAACUGCUCCAGAGGUUUGACUUCACUCUUGUCCCGGGACAGACCUUUGACAUCCUGGAUGCUGGCACGCUCAGACCAAAGAGUGGAGUGUUGUGCACUUUGAAUCACAGGGAUUACAGAAAAUAAGGCAACGUCACAUAAGUCGUAGUAGA